AGUAAAUUAUAAGUAGCUAUAUUCAUCGGUGAAUUCGUCUUUGUUCGUACGUUUUUGGCUUAACCCGGUGUGCUUGGGAGUAAGUGAUUGAUAAUUUAGAAUACGUGAAAUAUAUAAAAAGUUGGUAAAAAAGGGAUAAUUCGAGUAAGAGAAACUUUUCAAAACUGAGUUCUUGUGUGUCCGAUGUCUAGUGCUGAAAUCGUAGAUAGCUCCGUCGAUCCCCCAACCAAGAAACGGAAGAUCGGAGAUACACAGACAACUUCAACAGAAAUGGCGAACAAUGGAGCGGGUGCUUCGUCGAAGCCGACCGACAUCGACGAAGGGCUGUAUUCCAGACAAUUGUAUGUCCUGGGGCACGAUGCCAUGAGGAGGAUGGCGUCCAGUGACGUCCUCAUCUCGGGCUUGGGUGGCCUCGGGCUGGAAAUUGCUAAAAACGUCAUUCUUGGCGGCGUCAAGUCCGUCACUCUGCAUGACGAAGCUGUUUGCACCAUCGCUGACCUGUCAUCGCAAUUCUACUUGUCCGAGAGCGAUGUCGGCAAGAACCGUGCCGAAGCAUGCUUGAAGCAUCUCUCAGAACUCAACAACUAUGUCCCCACCAAGCCCUAUACAGGCCCCCUCACUGAAGACUUUCUCAAAAAGUUUCGUGUGGUUGUCCUCACAGCUAGUUCCCUUGCUGAACAGAUUCGUCUCAGUGAACUCACUCAUGCUAAUGACAUUGCUUUGAUCAUAGCAGAUACCCGAGGCCUCUUUGCUCAAGUCUUCUGUGAUUUUGGACCAGCUUUCUCAGUUGUUGAUAUCAAUGGUGAAUCCAAUGUUUCAGCUAUGAUUGCUGAUAUAUCCUCAGAUAAGGAUGCCAUUGUCACUUGCAUAGAUGACACCAGACAUGGUAUGGAGGAUGGUGACCAUGUUACUUUCUCAGAAGUUCAGGGUAUGACUGAAUUGAAUAACUGCAAACCAAUUAAAAUCAAAGUGUUGGGUCCAUACACAUUUAGCAUUGGUGACACCACUGAAUUCACUAAAUAUGAACGUGGAGGCAUUGCCACACAAGUCAAGAUGCCAAAGGUUCUGCAGUUUAAAUCACUCACAGAAGCUAUGAAGACUCCAGAGUUUGUACAUACAGACUUUGGAAAGUUUGAUCAUCCUCAACAGCUGCACAUAGCUUUUAACACAUUACACAAGUUUAUUGAGAAAAAUGGCAGAAAGCCAAAACCAUGGAACAUAGCAGAUGCAGAAGAAUUCAUUUCCUUAGCCAAAACCAUCUCUGUUGAUGGUGGUAAUGACACUGAAAUCAAUAAUCAGUUAUUGGAAACCUUUGCUAAAGUUUGUGCUGGAGACUUAAACCCAAUGAAUGCAACAAUUGGUGGUGUUGUUGCUCAAGAAGUAAUGAAAGCAUGCUCUGGCAAAUUCCAUCCAAUCUACCAAUACAUGUAUUUUGAUGCUAUUGAGUGUUUGCCUGAAGAUUUAUCAGAAAUCACAGAAGAAUUGGCAGCGCCAACUGGUUCAAGAUAUGAUGGACAAGUUGCUGUUUUUGGCAAGGAAUUCCAAAAGAAAAUUGGUGGACUCAAAUACUUUGUUGUUGGCGCUGGCGCUAUUGGCUGUGAAUUGUUGAAGAACUUUGCAAUGAUUGGAUUAGGUGGUGAUGGUGGCCAGGUUACUGUAACUGACAUGGAUCUCAUUGAAAAGUCUAACUUGAACAGACAAUUUUUAUUCAGACCGCAUGAUGUACAAUGCUUCAAGUCUGCCACUGCUGCAAAGGUAAUUAGGAAAAUGAAUCCUGACAUUAAUAUUGUUGCACAUGAAAAUCGUGUCGGAGUCGAAACUGAAAAUGUUUACGACGAUGCUUUCUUCGAGAACUUGGAUGCAGUCGCCAAUGCUUUGGACAACGUUGAUGCACGUAUCUACAUGGACAGGAGAUGUGUGUACUACAGGAAACCUUUAUUGGAAUCUGGCACACUUGGAACAAAAGGAAAUACGCAAGUUGUAGUUCCAUUCCUCAGCGAAUCAUACAGCUCAUCCCAGGAUCCCCCAGAGAAAAGCAUACCUAUUUGUACAUUGAAGAACUUCCCUAACGCUAUUGAACAUACAUUGCAGUGGGCCCGUGACAAUUUUGAGGGUCUUUUCAAGCAAUCCGCGGAAAAUGCAUCUCAGUAUUUAACAGACCCUACUUUCAUCGAACGUACCAUUGCGCUGCCAGGUGUUCAACCGAUCGAAGUUUUGGAAUCGGUCAAGGCCGCAUUAGUUGACGAUCGCCCGAAAAGUGUUCAGGACUGCGUACUGUGGGCUCGUCUGCAUUGGGAGGAACAAUAUUCGAAUCAAAUUAAACAGUUGCUGUUCAAUUUCCCACCAGAUCAGUUAACAUCCACUGGUCAAUUAUUUUGGUCCGGACCUAAACGUUGCCCCGAGCCACUCACUUUUGAUGUAGAAAAUCCAUUGCACUUGGAUUACGUCUUCACAGGAGCUAAUCUUAAAGCCGAAGUAUACGGCAUUCCACAAAACAGGAAUCGCAAUGAGAUUAAGGAAAUGGUUAUGGCUGUCCAUGUACCAGAGUUUGUUCCAAAAUCGGGCGUCAAGAUUGCAGUAACUGAUUCUCAGAUGGCCGUCACGAAUGGCGCCAACGUAGAUUUAGAUAAAGUUGGGACACUGCAAGAAACUCUUCCAAAAGUAUCGGAGCUGGGAGAUUUGAAAUUGACACCAUUGGAAUUCGAAAAGGACGACGAUAACAAUUUACAUAUCGAUUUUAUCGUGGCAGCUUCCAACUUGAGGGCAUCUAACUACAAGAUACAGCAAGCCGAUCGUCAUAAGUCUAAAUUGAUUGCUGGUAAAAUUAUUCCCGCUAUUGCUACCACCACCUCUGUUGUCGCUGGCUUAGUUUGUCUGGAAUUGUACAAACUCGCAAGAGGGACCAAGAAAUUGGAAAUCUUUAAAAAUGGCUUCAUUAAUUUAGCUUUGCCGUUCUUUGGCUUCUCCGAGCCCAUCGCUGCGCCUAAAAUGGACUACUGCGGUAACGAAUGGACUCUUUGGGAUAGAUUUGAAGUGCAAGGCGAGAUGACUUUGAGCGAAUUCUUGGAAUACUUCAAGCAGAAGCACGGUUUAGAAAUUACCAUGUUGUCGCAGGGUGUUUGCAUGCUGUACUCUUUCUUUAUGGGUAAGGCCAAAGCGCAAGAACGCCUUGCUUUGCCCAUGUCCGAGGUUGUAAAGAAGGUAUCCAAGAAGCGUUUAGAACCACACGUGAAGGCUUUGGUGUUCGAGCUAUGCUGCAACGAUGAAAUCGGCAACGACGUCGAAGUACCGUAUGUUAAAUACAAUUUACCCUGAAUCACAUAGAGGGUAUACAAUAUAUUUACAAUAAAAACAACCCGCACUUAGGGCAUUGUCUUAUCGUCGUCUUUUGGUUCCGAACUUAUAACUUUUUUUAAACUGCCCAUAUAUUCUUUCUUUUAAAUAUUGAAUCGUUGAAGUUUUUUGGUAUUCAAUAGUUAUAAUAAUAAAAGAAAUAAUAACGAAAAUGUGAUCCUGUAAAAAGUCUAAAUUAUUGUCGUUUUGUUUUGUUCCUAUUCGAAAAUAUGUUUCAGUUAAAUGGCGCAGUCUAUAUGUAUCUUUAUGGAAUUUCAAACACAUUAUUGAUGUUUUAACAUACGUGUAUGCAAAUAGCAUUUAUAUUUAGGCCAUGCAUGACAAACUGUAAUGCUAACUAAUAUAAUUUUUAUUCAUGUAGUGCAGGAUAGUGUUUAUUUUCUUA